UUUUCAACGGUUGUACUUUACUUUUCUGUGAUGAACGGAGUUCAAACCGGAGCUGAAAUCUGAAAUGUAAGCCUGUUUACCGGAAUUCCAAGAUGUGGAAAGCGCAAUGACAGCUCGGUGCGUGCUGCCGUUACUCGAGGAGGUGUCAACCGUCUCAUGUCUGAGGUCAUUACAUUGCUGAAUUUGCGGCGCAGCCCACAGAUGCAUUAGAAAAUCAGACACCAUCUAGAAGACCAGAAGGCUUGGAGCCUGUGCACUCCUGUUCAUGGAGGGCCGCUGGACCCUUCUGUUGCUGCUGGGAGCGUUUUCGAUUUUCAAGAAUGCUGAGGUCCACGCAACUGCUGACCGAGGCAUCUACACCAACACGUGGGCCGUCCACAUCGUAGGGGGAGCAGAGGAGGCAGACAGAAUUGCACACAAACAUGGUUUCAUCAGUCAUGGGAGGGUGUUCGGGGACUACUAUCAUUUCCAGCAUAGGGGUGUGGCGAAGAGAUCUUUGUCUGGCCAUCAUGGAGUUCAUGUUCGACUACACACUGAGCCGCAGGUGAUUUGGGCUGAGCAGCAGAUUGCCAAACAAAGACGCAGAAGAGACAUUCAUAUCGAACCCACAGAUCCAAAAUUCCCUCAGCAGUGGUACCUGAACAAUCCCAGUCAUGGAGACCUAAAUGUGAAGGAGGCCUGGGCUCAGGGCUUCACCGGUAGAGGAGUGGUCGUGACCAUUCUGGAUGACGGCAUCGAGAAAGAUCACCCUGAUCUCGCCGGAAACUACGAUCCAGACGCCAGUUAUGACGUAAAUGACAGAGAUCCAGACCCUCAGCCCAGAUACACACAGCUGAAUGACAAUAGGCACGGGACUCGUUGCGCUGGAGAGGUUGCAGCGGCAGCAAACAAUGGCGUUUGUGGAGUGGGUGUGGCCUACAAUGCCAAAAUCGGAGGUGUGCGGAUGUUGGACGGAGAGGUAACAGAUGUUGUGGAGGCUCAGUCUCUGAGCUUGAACUCCCAGCACAUCCACAUUUACAGCGCCAGCUGGGGCCCAGAAGAUGAUGGGAAGACGGUGGACGGCCCUGCCAAGCUGGCCAAAGAGGCUUUCCUGCAGGGGGUCACCGAAGGUCGAGGCGGGCUGGGCUCCAUCUUCGUGUGGGCAUCGGGUAACGGAGGCCGUGAGAGAGACAGCUGCAACUGUGACGGAUACACCAACAGCAUCUACACCCUCUCCAUUAGCAGCACCACACAGUACGGUAACGUACCGUGGUACAGUGAGGCAUGUUCGUCCACACUUGCCACAACCUACAGCAGCGGAAAUCUCAAUGAGAAACAGAUUGUGACAACAGACCUCAGGAAGAAGUGUACAGACUCUCACACGGGCACGUCCGCCUCAGCUCCCCUGGCUGCCGGAAUCAUUGCUCUCGCUCUGGAGGCCAACAUGAAUCUGACCUGGAGAGAUAUGCAGCAUCUGGUGGUGAGAACUUCACGUCCCGCCCACCUAAUAACUAAUGACUGGAGGACCAAUGGUGUGGGGCGCUUGGUGAGCCAUUCUUAUGGCUAUGGUCUGCUGGAUGCCAGCGCAAUCGUUACAUCGGCCCAGAAUUGGAGCAGCGUGGGGCCGCAGCACAAAUGUGUCAUUGAUAUGCUAACUGAGCCCAGGGAUAUUAAAAACCACCUGAUCUUCAGCAGAUCUGUGGAUGCCUGCUCUGGGCAGCUGGACUUUGUGAGCUCUCUCGAACAUGUCCAGGCCAGACUCACGCUGUCUUAUAACCACAGGGGGAACCUGGCAAUUCACCUCAUCAGCCCACUGGGGACUCGUUCCACGCUGCUGGCUCCACGGCCUCAGGACAAUUCGGCUGAAGGCUUUAACGAUUGGGCGUUCAUGACCACACACUCCUGGGAUGAGGAUCCUCGGGGAGAGUGGACCGUGGAGAUCGAAAACGUCGUCGGACUUAAUGACUAUGGUGUUCUGUCUCAGUUUACACUCAUCCUGUAUGGGACCGGCUCUAGCGCCACAGAUCCAUUCGUUCCAGACUACACCCGACCAUCAAACAAUAGCUGCAAAACCUUUGACACUCAGCAGAUCUGCAUUGAAUGCAGCACGGGUUUCUCGCUUUACUUGCAAGGCUGCGUGAAGUCGUGCCCUCCCGGCUUCAGCUCCGGUCCGCAGGUCCUCAAUUUAUCUUUGGACAACUGGGUAGAGCACUCCACCGUGCAGGCCUGUCUGCCCUGUCACCCGGCCUGUCUGAUGUGCUCAGGGCCGGGAGAAGACGAAUGUCUUUCGUGCCCUCCACACAGUCACCUUGUUGUCACUUCUUGCAUGCACCAGAACCAGGUGCAGCGAAAAUCUCCCAGCAUUCCCGUGCUCCAUCACAGAGGAAAUAGCGAGGGCAAUUCAGGUUCAGAGGGGGGAUCGCUUGAGCCCAAACUGCCCUCGAAAUUGCCAGCGCUGGUGGCGGUGCUCAGCUGUGCCUUCAUCUUGGCUACUUUUGCAGCUGUUUUCGUUCUGUUGCAGCUGCACUCCGGAGUGGCCCGCGUCCCUUUUUGUAGGAGGACCAAACUGCCAGUGACAAACUCUAGGGGAGGAGGGAUACGAGUAGGGUUUGGCUUUGGACUGGGCCAAGGGAAGGUAUCAUAUCGAGGGAUCCCCACCGUGUGGGGGGACGACGAUGCAGCGGGUGGGAUGAACUCGGAGUCGGACAGCGAAGAGCUGGAGUAUCACAGCGAAAAGACUGCUUUUAUACGAACUCAGAGUGCUUUGUAGUAUCUCCUGCGCUUUUUAUACAUCUGUCUUCCUUAUGCUGGGAUACAGAACUAAUAGAGACUACUAUGAGAGUGUGUGCGUGUGUGAAAGAGAGAGAAAUCACCAUAAAUGAGCUACAGAAGUGCAGGCGCACUUUGACUAAUUCGGCUUGUAUCUGAUUAAACACAGGACAGCUACGCUAAGUGAUUCCCUUUAUUUGACUCAUGUUUGUCUCCGUGUUAAGCAGGAUCAAUAAGAUCAGUUUGUGUGUAUGCAUGGUUUAUGCAAACCCA